AUGUGUUGUUUUGUUCAAGGAAAGUCACUUGCCCCGAUACCUGAAGAUGAAGCCGAGUGUGAAGAAGAUGAUAGUGACAUAGACGAAACAGAACUCGAGAACAGCAAUGAAGGAGGAGAAAAAGAAGAUGACGGCAAAAAGGCUAAAGAUCGAGCAGCCAUAGAAAAUGGCGGACAACAUAAUGCCGUAACAGCAAACAACAUAAAAAAUAGUUAUUUUGAAAAAGUCAAAUUAUCAUCCGAAGAAUCACCCUCCCGGAACCAGAUCGAGCAAGGACCCCUCAAUCGACAGGCCUCAGGCUGGCAGACUAUCCCAAAACCGAAAGGGCAUUCCCAUCUUGACUACUCGAGGUGGGACCGCGUUGAAGACGAGUCGAGCGAAGAAGAAACUGACGAUGAUGAUGAAGAUGACGAUUGUCACCCUCAGUACCGGUUUCGUGUUAAGACAGUUGGUGUGAAGGCGUUCGUCUUCGCACAAUCCUCCGACGACGUCAAACGUCGUCUCCCCGAUUUCCUCCUUUUAUCUACCGCAGCACAAUCUGCGGCCUCGCGCACCCGGAGGCAGAUGGCGCACGACGGCGGCGACGUAAAUUUGGUGGGGCCGGACUUCGACCUACCCGACGAGGUUCUGGCGGUCAUACCCACGGACCCGUACGAACAACUGGAUCUGGCCCGCAAGAUAACGUCCAUGGCCAUCGCGUCGCGCGUGUCGAAGCUCGAGACGGAGGCCAGGAGCCUCCGCCAGAAGCUCAACGAGAAGGACCGCCUCGUUGAGGAGCUGGAGGACAAGGUCUCCCAGCUCGAGGGCGCGUUCCAAGACGCGGAGCUUCGAUUGAAAGUCACUCACGAAGAUAAUAUGAAGCUUUUGAAGGAGAGGGAUUCCUUGGCUUCCACCACAAAGAAGCUCAGUCGUGACUUGGCCAAGCUCGAGACAUUUAAGAGGCAAUUGAUGCAAUCAUUGAAUGAAGAAAAUUCAUCGACAGAAACGGUAGAUAUCGGUACUUACGACCAAACAGUGCUCAAGACCGAUAGCACAAACAUAAAUGAUGAAGUCUCGAAGCAGGCCGGGCAUAAAUUUUCGAUCACGCCAUACAUAACCCCUCGUCUCUCACCCAACGGGACCCCAAAAGUAGCUUCGACCAGCGUGUCCUCACGAAGGUACACAGCUGCUAACUCCCCCCAGAAGGCCUCGGGAGCCACUACCCCUACAAAGAUGUACGAGGGGAAAGCCUCUUUGUCAUCAUGGUAUCCGUCCAGUCAGCAGUCAUCUGCUGCCAACUCCCCUCCUCGGGGGCGCCUGCCGCCAGGUCGCACUCCUCGAAUUGAUGGAAAGGAAUUUUUCCGUCAAGUCAGGAGUCGGCUAUCACUCGAGCAAUUCAGCUCUUUCCUUGCGAAUAUUAAGGAACUAAAUGCACAAAGGCAAUCUCGCGAGGAGACCUUGAGAAAAGCCGAAGAUAUUUUUGGAAUGGAAAAUAAAGAUCUCUACAUAUCAUUUCAAGGGUUGCUAAACCGCAACAUGCACUAG